UCAAAAACAAAACCUUUCUACAGAAUUCUUCAACGUUCCUUUACGUUUUGAAUGUAAAAUUCUACCAUUCUAAAAAAAAUUGGUGCAGUGAUACACUUAACAAGGUUUCCAAGUCGAAACAAACAUCAACAUGAAUAUCUCGACUGAUUUCGGGCCAGAUUCCGGCGGACGUGUGAAGGGCCUCACAAUCGUGAAACCUCUAGUCUACGGCAACGUGGCCCGAUCGUUUGGCAAGAAACGUGAAGAAGAUGGCCACACUCACCAGUGGACGGUCUACGUGAAACCCUACCACAACGAAGACAUGUCCACCUACGUGAAAAAGAUUCACUUCAAGCUACACGAAAGCUAUGCCAACCCGAACAGGGUCGUCACGAAACCACCGUUCGAAGUUACGGAAACCGGCUGGGGAGAAUUUGAGAUUGUGAUCAAGAUUCACUUUCACGAUCCCACGGAACGGCCGGUCACGAUGUAUCACAUCCUGAAGCUAUUCCAGUCGCCCAUUCUGGACGGAGAAGUUUCACCACAGCUGGAAGGCAAAAAGGUGCUGGUCUCGGAACAGUACGAGGAAAUUGUAUUCCAGGAACCAACCCAGCUGAUGCAACAGCUGCUGACCAAUGUGCAACCGGUGACGGGUGGCUCGUGGAAGCACGAUACGGAUUUUGAAGAUAAGAAAGUUCAGUCUCUUGAGAAUAUAAUUGAGACGAAGGGUAAGGUUAAAACAGAAAUCUCACUUCUGAAGGAUAAGCUGAAACUGGCGCGAGAAACCAUUGCCAAAUUCAAAGCGGAAAUGGCAAAAGUACAACCACCGGCCAGCUAAAUAGGUUUGUAAAUACG